GAUCAUUAGGAGGAAGCAAGGGUCAAGUCUUUGAUUUGAUUAGUGCGUGUGGUUUAGACCAAUGGAUGGAGGGUGCAAGCGAAACCAGCAGUUGGAAGCACGUUGAAACGGGCAAAGCUAGCAGGGCGAGGAGGGAAAAGACCAAAAGGCGCCGCACCGCACCGCUAGUCGGCCAGCCAGAUCGAGCAGCCUCCGCCUCCACCGCUUCUCUCUCCUUUCUCCACCACCACGCCCUCCCCUCACACGACUCGCGCCGCGCGCGCGCAUUCUCCACGUGCGCGGCGAGACCAGCCUGCCCACGCCGCCGCGCGCACACAUUUUUGCUGGAGGCCAGGUCGACGGGGAGGGGAGUACAUAUACGCGGGCCAGGCCGCCACGGCCAGAGGAGGAAGAAGAAGACGAGUUGAGGAUCGGAGAAGCGGCGGCGGCUCGAGUCGAGAGCGAGCGAGGGUUUGCUAGCAGGUAGUAAUGGAGGGGAGGAGGGGUGAUGUCGCCGCCGGAGUGGUGCCGGCGGCGGCGCAGGGGCGCCGGUGGCGUCGUGCUAGCGGCGGGGGAGGAGACAGCGGUGAGGAGAGCGACGGGAGCAGCGGCGGCGUCGAGCUCAGCCUGCGGCUGAGCACGGGGGACAGUAGCGGCACUCCGCGGGCGGCGGCCGUGGUGGCGGAGGAGGAGGAACGUCAGGCGGCGGCGGCGAGGAGGAGGAGGAACAUGACCAUCUUCUACGGCGGCCGGGUGUGCGCCGUCGACGUCACCGAGGUCCAGGCGAGGGCGAUCAUCUCCAUGGCGAACGAGGAGAUGAUGAUCAUGGCGGCAGCAGACUCCAAUCGGCAGCAGUGCCACCAACGCGACCGCCAGCUGCAGGACAGCGGCAGCAGCAGCUGCAGUAGCGCCGCCGUGGCGCGAUGCGCGCGCGACGCUCACGUUAGACCGGCGGCGGUGGCGGCGUCGCUGGCCGCGGGUUCUUCCCGGCAGGGCUUCGCCGCCGUAGCCGCCGCGUCGGUGAUCGACCAGGCGGCCUCGGGGCUGUCCAUGAAGCGCUCGCUGCAGCGGUUCCUGCAGAAGCGCAAGGCGAGGACGGCCGGCGCCGUCGCGCCGCCGUACGCCGGCGGCUGGCAUGCUCAGGCGAUGAGACACUGACCAACCGGGCUUGCCGUAGUCUUCUGCUAGCUAGCUAGAUAAAUGGCUCUCUUUUUUAUUUUAUUUUUCUUUUGACAUGAGAGGCGGCAUGCAUCAAUCACAGAUUCACAGUACAUAGUAUAUACUAGUUGGUUUUUUUCGACGGGAUUGAAAUUUGAUUUGGUGUUGUUUGUGUUGUUUCGUUUUUGAAAUCUGAAGGCAAAUUGUUAUUUUGUUCUUCACAUUUACAAACCUAGAGGCACUCACAUGAAUACAUGAUGAUAUGGAAGAAAUAUUUUGUGAUCAAA